AUGACAACAAUAAUUAGAGAGAGCGAACAACAACCAACAUUGAGCAUUAACCAUUGCCCCAAUAAGGGAGACAGCCUUUGGACGAGAGUGCGGUCCGCUGUGCAUGGGACGGAGAUGCACAGUCUAAACAGAGCAAAUCCCCCACCCUGCGGUGGGACUUCCACAGUUCAAACACCGCAGACAAAUGAGCUAGAACCCAGGGAAGCCACCCGCCUCCCAGACCAACCACGGGAGGCGAGUAACUGCCCGACAAAUGACAAUGAAACAACACCGCAACUGGGUGCCCAGACACGAGAGGAAGCCGGGAGCACCAGGGCAAGUGCCAUGCACAAAGAGAACGAUGACAGCUCUGAGGACAACGAAGGGCCCCAACAAUCAUGUGACUUCGAACUUGAUGAAGACAUGAUGUGGGAGCCUGAUACCGCCCCAUGCCCGGGCACUAAACUGGGUAAACCUAAGGGGAUGAAGAAUACCAAGGCAUCAAUCAAGAUCACAAGCCUCAACAUGAGGGGAAGAGGGGACAUGACUCACCUCGAGCAGAAUAAACCGUGCAACAGAUGCUUCCACAUAAACCAGUUGAUGCGGGACAGCAAGAUCAGCAUCCUCCUGUUCCAAGAAACACACCUAACGGCGGAACUGCAGAACCAGAUUGGGUCAGUCUUCAGCAAGAGACUGCAUGUCCUGAACUCUGAGGAUGAAGAAUCACCAACCACCGUGAGAAGCCUUGCCUUCAUCCUUAAUAGAGAAAUCACAAUUGCAGAAGACGUGACCAUUGUAAACAUAAUCCCAGGGCACACCAUCGUGCUGAGAAUACCAUGGCACUUGGAUCAAGAACUAGUAAUCCUAGGGGUUUACGCACCGAACAAGGCCAAGGAGAACACCAAAUUCUGGAUGAACCUGAAAUGA